AUUUAAAAUUAAUGGGCAUCGGACGUCACUUCCAAAGCCCUUUGGCCACUGUAACUGGAUUCAAGAACAUAGAGGUCUACCCAGUCUACAGCAUUUAACACCAAACUUUAUUCUUGUAGCAAGCAAUCCAUCGUCACCAACAUGUCUGCUGGAAAUGCUAAGAUCGGCCAGCCAGCCCCUCCGUUCAAAGCCACGGCUGUGGUGGAUGGACAGUUUAAGGAUAUCCAACUGUCUGACUACAAAGGAAAGUACGUGGUGUUCUUCUUCUACCCUCUGGACUUCACCUUUGUUUGCCCCACGGAGAUCGUUGCCUUCAGCGACCACGCCGAAGAGUUCCGCAAGAUCGGCUGCGAGGUGAUUGGUGCCUCUACAGACUCCCACUUCAGCCAUCUGGCCUGGAUCAACACCCCCAGGAAGCAGGGGGGCCUCGGCCCAAUGAACAUUCCCCUGGUGGCUGACCUCACGCAGUCCAUCUCCAGAGACUACGGCGUGCUGAAGGAGGACCAGGGCAUUGCUUACAGGGGUCUGUUUGUGAUUGACGAUAAAGGCAUCCUGAGGCAGAUCACCAUCAACGACCUGCCGGUGGGCCGCUCCGUGGAGGAGACCCUGCGCCUGGUGCAAGCCUUCCAGCACACGGACAAACACGGAGAGGUUUGCCCCGCGGGAUGGAAGCCAGGCAGUGAUACCAUUGUCCCUGAUGUACAGAAGAGCAAGGAGUUCUUCUCCAAACAGUAACGCUGCACAACAACCGGACUGCAUCCAGAAUGGCACCCUAUUCCUGUUUAGCGCCCCAGGGUGUAGGAUAAGGUUACCCACUGGCCCUGGGUGUGUUUAGUUGAUUUUCAGUUGGGUGCCAUUCCCGACCCACACUCCGUCUGAGACGUCUGUCUUUUAUGUCCGAUUUGCUUACGUUCAGUUGGGUAUUCUCUCAUUAGCGGCAGUCUUUUGGCGUC